UUUCGCCAAACACUGCACAAGUCGGCUUCCCAGCCAGACGCGUGGAAACUCUCUCAGCUGAGUUAACUCCAGAGGACCAGCUGGGUUAGCUCACCGUGCUACAGCGAAAGGCAUAGCUACCAAAGCCGGAAGAUCCGACCGGCGGGCUACACAAAGCCCCCACGAGCCUCAGGCGAUGUGAGAUGGGCGAGCCUUCAUGGUGCGGACUAUGUAGGUGUCCCACCACAGUCCUAUGGGCAAUGAGCGGCGGUGCUGAGCUCAGCUUCACUAAAAGGGCGGCCCAGGAACUAAGUCGGUGCUUCAACGGGCUGACGGUGAGGGCGCCUGGAAAGAAUGCCGCGGGAGGAACGGUUUCCGCUUCCUUUUGCCCCGGCAGCGGCGCCCUAAACGAGACCCAACACCUGCUGCAGUGCCGGGGCGGCAGGGGACGGGCCGCGGGCUCUGGGAAGUUCAGGGAGAGACUGGAUAUUGUGCCUCACGCGCGGACCCUCACUGAACUAUGGCUUGAGCCCGGUUUUCUAACGCGACUUUUCAAGCACGUCAAUCCUAAAGAUCGCUCAGUUUUAGCUCAGCCGGGACGUGUCUCUGUCUUUCGAAGGAUUCAACAUUGAUUAAGGACCGCUGUAGACGCUUUGACUGCGACAUGAACAUAGCUUAUUCUUUUCAUGCGAGCAGAUAGUUUUCACUUGAGCUACAGAAACUGUUUCAAAUCUCU